AUGGCCGGCGAGCCGGAGGCAGAGCUGCCGGAGACGGGCGCCGUGCUGACCUUUGGGCGGAGUCGGUUUGCCGAGAACCAGGCGUCCCGGUUCUGGAUCAAGAACGACAGGGUGGUCGCCUGUGCCUGUGGUGACGAGCACACCAUCGUGAUAGCAGGCGACGGCAAGCUGUUCGCGUUCGGACUGAACCAGGACGGUCAGCUGGGUCUCGGCCAUACAGAGUCGACCUUGGAGGAGGUCACCGCCUGGUCAGGCCUGCCCGCGCAGCUCGGGGCAGGGGUGGCCCACACCGUCGCCCUCACAGUCGACGGACGCCUGUACACCUGGGGCAGCAAUGCCGAGGGCCAAUGUGGACUCGGGGAAUCACCUGGCGCCGCGGUCCCGACCCUGGUGCCAUCUGACGACGAGAUCGUGAACGUCAGCUGCGGCUACCGGCACACGGCCUUCGUAACGGCUGACGGCGAGCUGUUCACUUUCGGUGAGAACGACGAUGGCCAGCUGGGGCUGGGGGACCGGGAGAGCCGGAGCCGGCCCACGAUGGUGCCCGAUCUGCAGGACGUGGCGCAGGUUGCCUGCGGCGGUCAGCACACCAUCGUCUUACUCGAGUCGGGCGAGGUGUUCAGCCUCGGCGUCGGCAACCAGGGCCAGCUGGGCCUCGAAUCGGGCGAGGUGUUCAGCUUCGGCGUCGGCAGCCAGGGCCAGCUGGGCCUCGGCAGCCGAGUACUCAGCGCCGUCUCCCCUCAGCGACUGCCGCUGGCCGAGCUGUGCGUCAGGCAGGUGGCGGCCGGACACUGCCACUCGGCCCUCGUCACAGACGACGGUCGUCUGCUGACGUUCGGUGACUCCCGCCACGGCAAGCUUUGCGGCAGUGACGAGGAGAGCAACGUCUUCGUGCCAAAGCUCGCCUCCGAAGUUGGCCAGCUGCAUGUCGAUAAGGUGGUGCUCGGUGGCUGCCAGUCCAUGGUGCUGGUGACUCAGCCAACGUCGCCCAGAAUGCUGUCCGACCUCCCCCCGCUCACCAACGGACAGCAUCCGGUCGACGGUCUGCACAGCGCUGCCCGACAGCGGCGCCGGGAGAGGGAGGCAAGCUCGCCGCCGCGCGGCCGUUCGUUGCCACCCCUGCGGGGCGUGCCGCGGCUGUCGCCCUCGAACGCCCGCCGCGAGGACGAGAUCCGGCCCGACUCCGGGCGGACGAAGCCCGCCGACGCCUGCGAGCUGCAGUCGGUGUCGUCGACGAGGCCGCAGGACGCCGACCAGCCCGGUCCGUGA